GAAGGCGGACCUAGAUCUUAUGAUAGUCUACUAGUGUGGUAUAUACAAAGUUAAAAUGGAUUGUAUAAAUGAAAGUGAAAUCCAUUCUUUGAUAGAAUAUUUUUCACGAACGAUGUACAGAGCUAAACAUGCUGAUGAGAUGGCCAAAGGUGAAAUGCAGGAAUGUGUGGAACUUGCCAAACUGGAUUACAAUGUUACCGUGUUAGACAACACUACAGGAGACUUGUGUGCGCAUUACCCAAGUUAUCUCAUUAUCAUGGGGUCUGAGAACAGUACUGGUGGAGACCUGAUCAAGGACACCAUCUAUGAGGGAGAUGAGUCACCUCGACUCCGAGAACUCGUCAUCAAAGCUAGAUCUGCCCGUUGUCGGGCACGCUUUCCCGUCUCCGUCAUUCUUUUUCAGGGAAAGUUUAUUUGCAGGUCAGCCACAUUGUCUGGAGGCCCUGAGAUCUACAGCAGAUCUGGUUUUGACUAUUUCUUCGCUGGAGAAAGCACAAUUGGUGAACAAAACCAGGAUGACAAUGACCAAAAUAACCUUAAUAAUCCGUGUAAUAGUUGGGUGCUUUGCGACCAGGUCAGAAAAGAUAAUAUUAGACUCUUGAAGUCCCUCAGUGUUGGAACUAUUGUUGAUUUUAUGGUUGAGAAGAAAAAAGUCAAGUUCGGCUUGAACGUAACAUCAUCAGAAAAAGUAGACAAGGAAUAGAGAUACUCCCAAUUCACAAUUCUCUCUUUACCUUAUCCUGGGUGUGAAUUCUUCAAAGAAUUUCGGGACCAAAACUAUAGUGCAGAAAACCUGUAUUACAACUGGAGCCAAACUCACGUAGACGCAGAAAUCAUUGCUCCUCAAGAUAGCAUCACGGAUCGGGUACCUGUCAAAUGGAAAGAUUACAAGGAAAGAUUACAAAAACCAUAA